AAUAUUUAUAUAUAAAAUUAAAAAUGGCAACUGGAGAUAUAAGAAACAAUUUGCGCAAGCUUGUGAGCGAGCUUAAGCAUAUCAAAUAUGAAGAAAAUCUUGAUUUUGAGCAAAUGAUUAUUGGACUUUCUACACCCUUUUUGCCCAUAUUAUUCCAUGUUUUUAUGGAAUACUCCAGCGAAUUAACCUCUUACUUUUUAUCUAAAGGUUAUAAUUUCUAUGGAAAGAGUGAUUCAAGAUUUCUGGAAUCUGUUUAUAGAAUACUUGUUCAAGAGUUCCAAGAAAAACCUUUGCUUACAAAACAGCAGUUUUUUUCGAUCGGAUUUGCAGAAGUAAAAGUAAUUUUUGUUACAAAAAUUUUAAAACUUUGUAUAAAAAAAAAUAAGGAUAUUUUGUUAAAGCAAGCAUUGAAAAAAAAGCUAAAGCAUAAUUCUGAUCCAUGUCAGAGUGUUGUUUUUGGUAAUGGUAGUUCAGAAAAAGGACUAAGAAGUGUUUCAAAUCUUGAGGACAAUGAAAUUAAACCUGUUGUAGCUCCAUCUGCUGUUUUUAAUAGUUUGCCUUUACCCACUCCAGAACUUGCUUUAACUCCAAUUAAAAAAGGAAGUAUUUAUUCGAAUUCACAAUCCAAAACUAACUCUGAAUUACCAAAACAUGAAAUGAAUGAGUUAAAAUCCAAUGUGGAAAAGGUUAAAUGUGAUUCUUAUGUUGAAAAAGAUAACUUUGAUACUUUAAAAAAAUCAACUCAUUCAGAAGAUUUAUUUUUCAAGAAAGACAAUAGUUUUUAUGUUUCUCCUCAUAUACUAAAUCAUUUAAAACAAAACUCAAAAGCUUUAGAACAUCUGGUUAAUCAAGCGAAUUUAUCAAAAGAUGAGCCUUCACAUGGAGCUUUAGAUGGUUUAAGUUCAUGCUCAAAUUGUUUGAAAAAUUCUGAAUUAAUACGUGAUUUGGACAUCAAAGUUCAGAAAAUAGAACAAGCACUCGAUGCAUCAUCUAAUUUAAACGUUGAUCUUAAAGCGAGAGUUUCAAUUAUGGAGAUUCAAAUUAAAGCAAUGGAGAAGAAACUUUCAGAAAAUAGUAUUAUUAACAAAAAUGAUAAUGUUGACUUAUCUGAUUUAGAAAAUGAAAAGCCUUACAAUCCAAAUAAUAUUGAAAAAGGUAAAAUCAGAGAUUUGAAAAAUAAAGACGUUUCUUAUUGUGAAUAUUCACCUGUAAAGUAUACAGACGAUGAAGAAAUUAUUAAAGAUUUUAAACCAAUAAGUUACAAAAAUUUUAAUAAUGACUAUUAUUUAAGGGAGGAAGAAAAGGAAAAUUUUGAUUAUUCUUCAUUGAGCAAUUCUAAUAUUGAUUUUGAAAUUUCAAAAGUUGAUGGUAAAGUAUCAUUAGUUGAUAAUAAAUGUACUGAAAAAAAUAUUCAAACAAAUAUUUUAACAUCAAACAAUUUCAUUUUUGAUGCAAAGACAAGUGAAACUGUUAAAAGUGUGAAGCAGCGUUUGGAAGAGACUGAAAGGUUAUUGCUUGAUAAAAAAAGCAGAGUUUCUAAUUGAAUUUUAUAAAAUAAUAUUAUUACAGGCUAAUAUUGAUAUCCGUUUUUAUUAGAAUUUUAUUACUAUCAUAUUUAAUAUAAAUAAAUUAGUUUAUGUAAUUGUUUGUGGUAUAAUUUUUUUGUAAAAAUUUAUUUUGCUUGUAUUGUAAUUUGUAAGUUAUUAUCAGAAUAUUUAUAACAAAUGGAAUAAUACUAUAAUAAUUUCUCUUA